UAUUCAUCAAAUCAAGAUCAAACCCUGAAAGCAAGAAAAAAUGAGCAACCAAAAAGGUCAUGUUAUUGUGCUCACUUAUCCUGCCCAAGGCCACAUAAACCCACUCCUCCAGUUUGCCAAACGUUUAGCCUCCAAAGGUCUCAAGGCCACUCUAGCCACAACCCACUACACUGUCAAGUCCAUUCAUGCGACCACUGUUGGUGUUGAGCCCAUCUCAGAUGGCUAUGAUGAAGGUGGAUAUAAGCAAGCUCCUAGUAUAGAAGCCUACUUAGAGUCCUUUAAAUCAGUUGGUUCAAGAACUUUAUCAGAGCUCAUAUCAAAGUUCAAAGACUCAGCCUUACCAGUAAACUGUGUUGUGUGUGACUCUUUGCUCCCAUGGGCUCUUGAUGUGGCCAGGCAAUUUGGCAUUUAUGCAGCAGUAUUCUUGACGAACUCAGCUUCUGUGUGCUCCAUGUACUGGCAUAUCGAUCAUGGUCGCCUGACUUUGCCAGAGAAGCAAGCAACUGAGCCUGUGUUGUUGCCUGGACUACCUUCACUUGGCCCUGCUGACUUGCCUAGUUUUCUCGCGCAGCCUUCAAGUAAUUCUGCUUAUUUGGCAGUGAUCAUGGAAAAAUUUAGCUGUUUGGAUAAAAAUGACUGGGUACUCUGUAACAGUUCUGAAGAGCUGGAAAAUGAGCUAGUGAAGGCCAUGUUUGGACUCUGGCCCUUGGUGAUGGUUGGUCCAAUGGUGCCAUCAGCCUACCUAGAUCAGCAGAUCAGUGGAGACAUAGCUUAUGGUGCCAGUCUCUGGGAGCUUAGUAGUGACCAGUGCUUGAGCUGGCUAGAGACGAAACCACCAAAGUCAGUGAUAUAUGUAUCAUUUGGAAGCAUGGCAGACAUAACAGCUAAACAGGCUGAAGAAAUUGCAUGUGGUUUGAUAGCAAGCAAUAUGCAUUUCCUAUUGGUUGCAAAAGAUUCCAUAAGCAAGUUUCCAAUUGAAUUUAUUAAUUCAGCACAAGAAAGAGGGUUGGUUGUACCAUGGUGCAAUCAACUACAGGUGCUGGCACAUCAGGCUGUGGCUUGCUUUGUGACACAUUGUGGCUGGAACUCAACAUUGGAGGCCUUGAGCCUAGGGGUGCCAAUGGUAGCAAUGCCACAGUGGAGUGAUCAGCCUACUAAUGCUAAGUUUGUGGAGGAGUUGUGGCAGGUGGGAGUAAAGGCUAAGAAGAACAAGGAGGGGAUCGUGACAAGGGAUGAGCUAGGGAUGUGUAUAAAAGGAGUUACUGCAGGAGAAAGAAGUGAAGAGAUUACAAAGAAUGCAACUAAAUGGAGAGAGCUUGUAAUAAGAGCUGUUAGUUUAGAUGGAAGCUCAGAUAAGAACAUUGAAGAAUUUGUAGGCAAGUUGGUGAAAGGAUAGGGGAAGAAAGCUUGAUUUUGGAUGACAUUUGGUUAACAAAAUUAACUCCCUUAGAUUAUAAAGUGUCAUUCAAUGACAGGAAAGAGACUUGAAAAGGCUAGACUGAGUACAACACAUACCUUUUUCAGGAUGUCUAUUGAUCUUUCAUUGUUCAAUAAGAAAAAUAGUAAGUAU